AUGACAACACAUUAUACAUCAGAAAUUCCAUACUCUCAAAUGGAUCGUCGUCCUGAUAAGCGUCCUAAAAUAGAGGUUACCAAUGUGUCAAACUUUGAUCACUCAAGGUUAUUACCUCAAAAUCAUGGUGAUAUAUAUUUAAAGGAUGAAAGUCCGCAAAGAGGAACUCCCCGGCCCAGUCGACCGGAAGAUGACAAAGACGGAAAUUACGUAUUUCAGCUCGGAGAGAACUUAGCUUCUCGUUAUAAGAUUCAGAGGAAAAUAGGACGAGGCACAUAUGGCCUGGUUGUGGAAUGCUGGGAUAACGAAGCCAAGGCAAUGGUAGCUAUAAAAAUCGUCAAGAACAUUAAGAACUGUCGGGAAUCCGCCGCGACAGAAAUCGAUAUCCUCCAGUUGCUCGGAAGAUACGAGGAUCGUAACAACGGGAGGUGCAACUAUUGUGUACGAUUACGGAACUGGUUCGAAUAUCGCAACCACUUCUGUCUAGUACUGGAGAAGCUCGGGCCGAGUUUAUUCGAUUUGUUAAGAAAAAACAGCUACGGGGGAUCGCUUCCCGUGGACCUAAUCCGAGACGUCGGAAAACAGCUGUUGGAAUGCGUAGCGUAUAUGCACGAGAUGCGUCUCGUUCACACGGAUCUAAAGCCAGAAAACAUUCUGUUCGCGUCUAUGUGGGUACAGAGAGGCGGCGCACUUUUGCGAGGGUUGCGAGAAUCGACCGCGGUCGUCAAGGUCAUCGACUUUGGCAGCGCGGCGCGUGUGGUCCAAGGAGAUUACAACAGAAACUACGUCGUCACGACCCGGCAUUAUCGGGCGCCGGAGGUGAUUCUCCGAUUAGGGUGGAGUUAUCCUUGUGACAUUUGGAGCGUUGGGUGUAUAUUAUUGGAGAUGUGUUUCGGGAAAGUUGUGUUUCAAACCCACGACGAUUUGGAACACCUGGCAAUGAUGGAGAGAGUGUUGGGUCAUCCGGUGCCGGUUUACAUGUUGUCGAAAACCGGGGACCACCACCGGAACGCCGGAAAGUUUGUGAGAAGAGGUGGUAGAUUGAACUGGCCGCCGGCCGAAGGAGGUGCUACGAGGGAAAGUAGCAUUGAGGCGGUGAUGAAGUUGACGAGGAUUCCGAAUUUGGUAAUGAAGAAUGCGGAUCAUUCUGCUGGGGAUCUCAUUCGCCUUUUGGAAGGGCUUCUCAAGUUUGAUCCUUCUCAAAGGUUGACGGCUCCUGAAGCUUUGAGGCAUCCUUUUUUUGCUAGAGACCAAUACCGGAGAAAUCUACUUCUUCCUCAUGGCCAAUUUUGA